UUGAUCUUUCUCAAGUUUGCGAAGAAUCUCAAAAAUGCCUGGAAAAGUUGCUGCCAAGGGUGGAAAGAGUGCCGUGAGCGGCAAGGCCACGAAGAAGGCCGUCACCGAUGGAGGAGACAAGAAGAAGCGUCAUCGCCGCCGUCGCGAGUCUUACUCGAUCUACAUCUACAAGGUCCUGAAGCAGGUACACCCCGACACUGGCGUGUCCAGCAAAGCCAUGAGCAUCAUGAACUCGUUCGUCAGCGACAUCUUCGAGCGCAUCGCCGCCGAGGCCAGCCGCCUGGCUCACUACAACAAGAAGUCGACCAUCACCAGCCGGGAAAUCCAGACCGCUGUGCGUCUCCUGCUGCCUGGCGAACUUGCCAAGCACGCCGUCAGCGAGGGUACCAAGGCUGUGACCAAGUACACCAGCAGCAAGUAAACUCGUGUCGAUUUGUGUUCGCUUGAUUCUUCAAAAACAACCGGCUUUUUUCAAAGCCACCACAUACAAUCAAAAGAAAGUUGCUGUCCGUUUUGUUUGUUGUAUUGUAAGGAAAGUAAGCACACGUACGUACACUGUCCAUGUAGUCCGAUUUCAAAUUGUGAGCAUUCAAAAUAUUUCCAGACUUGAAAUACCAUGUACGUAAGUCGUUGUACUGGUAGUACUACUGUAAUAGAAAACUACAGUUGUCCACACUUAGAUGAUGCGUUUGUCAGUGCAGUGCAAACAGCUGUGCUCGCGGUAGUUUCACGGAGUCAGCCUCCCACAUCCAAUCCAUCAGCAAUACGAUACACUGUGUAGACUACAUUGUUGUGUCAUGUGCACCUUCUUCGUGAUUGUCAUGUAGAGCUACGUGCUUGACUUGCAAGCACGCGCUUUCACAGACCACUAGGCACUACUUGUAUUCAAAUUCGCACACCCUGUACUGUAAUAAAGACUUCACGAAUG